AUGAAGCUCCUCCACAUAAUCCUCCCCCUAGCAGGCUCUGCCCUAGCCCAAACCUCAAUCUCCACCACAACCACAACCACCACCUCUUCCAACACCCUCUCAUCCUCAUCCACCUCAUCAUACACCACCAUCCAAAUCUUCAACAUCCUCCCCACCUCACUCACCUCCCAAAACACAACCCCAACACCCACAACUACCCUCGCCACCUUCGACGCCAGCAUCAUCUCCGCCGGCUCCUCCACUACCAUCCUCGCCGUAACCUGCAACGGCGCGUGCCCCAUCCCAUCCAUCUACACAAUCACCGCCGCACCCUCCACCUACGCCGAGCACGGCUCCUUCAUCGGCUCCGCGAACGGCCUCACAGUAACAACCUCCCAGAGUAAUGCGUGCAACAUUACCUCCUCGACGCAGGCUGCGUCGUGCUCCGUCACAAUCGGGUACUAUGGGUCUGUGAGCGGGGGCCAGAAUUCCUCGUCUGUGGUUACUUCGGGCACGUCGUAUAGCUCGGGUGAGAUCUGGUAUAUGCCUGUUACUGUUACGGCUGGAGCGGAGAAGUUGGCGAGUGCGACGCAGACGACUGGGGGUGGGAGUGGAAGUGGGAGUGGGGAUGCGAAUGGUGGGGGGAGGGUUGAGGUUGGAGGAUGGGGUUUGGGGGCACUGGUGGCUGCGGGGCUUGGGCUUUUGGUUUAA